AUGUCAGGUAAGCGAAUUAAAUUAAGUGGUGCAGCUUACCAAAAAGUAGCGAAAGAAAAAAAGAAAAAUAACGAAGAACUACUUCAGAAAAUUCCAAAACUUCAUUCUUUUUUCCCUACUAGAAUUAUAGGAAGUCCGGAAUUGAUCCCUACAGAAGUACACGAAGAAUAUUCUGGAUCUCAAACGUGUUUAUCAACUGAUAUUUCUAAAAUUGAAAUACCUUUGAGUACAACCGAUGAUACAAAUAUUACCGAAAUGAUUACGCAGCCACAUAGUAUACAGGCAGAAAUCACUGAUUAUAAUGAUAAAUUUCAAAUUCCCGGACCUGAUCCAGUAAAAUGGAAUUUAAAUUUAGAUUCCAUUAAUUUCUUACUUGCAAAUCCUCCGAAGAUAGAUGUAUCAACUAUACCAUUUGCAGAAACAAAACGAAUGUUUGGUAAUAUAAGUAGACGUCUAACUCCUGAUAAUUUUAUGAGAAAACUUCAGAAUGGUGAGAAAAAACUAAGAGAAUGGGUUUUAUAUUCUUCUUCAAAAAAUGCGUUAUUUUGUUUCCAGUGUUUGCUUUUCUCACCUAAACCAACUGUUUUCGGAAAUAAAAACGAAGGUUUUAUAAACUGGAAAAAAUGUAAUGAAUGUCUACAAGAACAUGAGACAACAUCUAGAGGCUUAGCUUUUAGAGGAAAUAGUCAUAACUUUGGUUCAAAACAAAACGGAAACUAUCUUGGUUGUCUGGAACUAGUGGCUAAAUUCGAUCCUUUUUUGUCUGCACAUAUAGCUAAUUAUGGAAAUAAAGGAAAGGGGAACGUGUCAUACUUAUCAUCCACUAUAUGUGAUGAGUUUAUAACUUUAAUGAGUAAUACUGUAAUAGUUAAAAUUGUGUCCGAAGUUAAAGAGAGAAAAUAUUUUUCACUUAUAGUAGACUCGACUCCUGAUGUAACAACACGAGAUCAACUCACAGUUGCCAUAAGGUAUAUUUCAAAUGAAGGUUUACCGGUGGAACGUUUUCUUGGUUUUAUUCCCUCCAUUGGACAUAAAGGAUCAGACAUGGACCAAGCAUUACUUAAAAAAUUUUGUGAACUUAAUAUAGAUUUGAAGUACUGUAGAGGUCAAUCCUAUGAUAAUGCGUCUAAUAUGUCUGGUAUUUAUAACGGAUUACAGACUCGAAUUAAAAACUAUUCAUCGACAGCCUUUUUUGUGCCAUGUUCAGCACAUUCUUUGAAUUUAAUUGGUUCCAAUGCUACAGAUACAACUCAAGAAGGCACCAAAUUUUUUUUUAUAUGUCAAGCAAUUUACAAUUUCUUUUCUGUUUCAACAUUUAGAUGGAAUAUUUUGACUAAUUUUUUCGAAAAGAAUCCAGGUUGUGUCAAAAUAAAAAAACUGUGUUCAACUCGUUGGUCAUCCAGGUACGAUGUAUGUAAAGCAAUGUGUAAUGGUUAUGCACAAGUACUCAGUGCUUUAAAUACUAUUUGUGAUGACGAAGGACAAAAAAAAGAUACAAGACAUGAAGCUCGUUCAAUCAAAAAUAAAAUGGAGAGUUUAAAUUUUUGUUUUAUGAUUUGUAUGUGGACACCUAUACUUCAAAGAUUUAACGCAACAAGUAUUAGUUUACAGUCUAUAGAUAUAGACCUAGCCACAGUUGUAACUCUGUACGAAUCUUUAGAAAAAUAUGUGGAAGACUUUAGAGAACGAUUUGAUGUGUACUUAGAUCAAGCAAAAACGAUGUGUUCAAAACAAUUAUUUUCCUGGGAUGGCGUGAGACAGAAAAAGAGAAACAAGUUUUUUGAUGAAACUGAAAGUAACGAUGAAUUAUUAGAAGGAGUACAAAAAAUGAAAUGUGAAGUGUUCUAUGUUAUUAUUGACAGGCUAGUUAUGAAUUUACGUGAAAGAAAACUGUCCUACACUGAUAUAAAUAAUAAUUUUGGUUUUAUAUUAAAACUAGAUACAUUGGAUACUAACGGAAUACGUGAAAGUGCUAAAAACCUAGUAAAAAUAUAUCCUGAAGAUUUAAACGAGACAUUCAUAGAAGAAUUAGUACAAUUUAAAAAUAUUCUUAAUUUUUUUUCAAAAGAAGACAAAUCGUCUUUUACAAGUCUUUUAAAAUGCCUCACAAAUUCUCUACUUUUGACAACAUUUCUAAAUGUAAAAAUAGUAUUGCGAAUAUUUUGUUGUAUGGCUUCAUCCAAUGCAAAUGGGGAACGAUCAUUUUCUGUACUUAAGAGAAUAAAAAAUUAUCUAAGGUCUGCUUUAGUUGAUGAAAAGAUGUCAUCACUAUCCAUAUUAAACAUAGAAGACGAUCUUUUACAAUAA